AUGGGUGGUGGUGAUCUUAACAUGAAGAAAUCCUGGCACCCAGUGCUGCUAGUGAAUCAAGAGAGAGUAUGGAAAGCUGAAAAGUCCGCCAAUGAGGAGAAGAAGAUGUUGGCUCAAUUGCGGAAAGAGCGAGAGGAGGAAAGGCAGUUGGCCGAAUUGCAGAGAUUACAAGAGGCUACAACGGGGAAGAAGAGGGUGGAAAAGAUGGAUUGGAUGUAUGCUGCUCCUGGAAAUGAGGGAGGUGCGUUAGGUGGACAGAAGAUUGGAGAGAGGGAGAUGGAAGAGUAUUUGUUGGGUAAGAAGAGGGUAGAUGAAGUUUUGGCUAGAGGUGACAAAGAUGUCGGAGCCAGUCAUAAAGAUUUCAUAGCUGUACAAAAUGCCAACUCAGCGAGGGAUACCGCAUCGAAGAUACGUGAAGAUCCUUUAUUGGCUAUAAGGAAACAGGAGCAAGCUGCGCUACAAGCAUUGAUGAACCGACCUGAUAUUAGGAAACAACUCAAGGCUGCGAAGAAGGAGAAAGAGAGUAAAGAAGAUCGAAAAGCCAGGAAGAAGGCCGAAAAGGAGGAGAAGAGGUCGAAGAAGCAUGAUAAGGAUAGGAGGUCGCCAAGAUCUGAUUAUUCGGAUGAUAGAGAUAGAAGGCAUCGAAGAGAUUCGUACGAUAGACGAAGAGAUAGGUCAAGAUCGUUCUCACCAAAACGAGAAAGGGACGAUCGGGAUUAUGGAUCGAGGAAGAGAUACAGGGAUGAGAGUCCUACCAGGAGAGAUGAGAGGGAUAGAAGAAGGGAUGAUGACUCGAGAGGAAGGUACAGGGACGACAGGGAUAGGAGUCGAGAUGAUAGGGACAGACGAAGGGAUGACACGGAUGGUCAUAGGAGAGAUAAACGCGAUGACGAUCGAAAUGGACGUCGGAUCGACUAUCGAAAUGGCGAUCGGAAUGAUCCUCGUAUCCCACCUCCUCGACAGUACCCUUCCGAAUCUAGAGAUGCCAAACCUCAUCCAUCCAGACCCUCAGCGCUAGACAUGGCUGAUCGACCGACAACUUCUUCACGUUCUCAACCGACACCUCCAUCGGCGAACGUCAAUGGAAAUGGUCAAUCACUAGACGACAUGCGUGCGGCGAGACUAGCAGCUAUGCAAUCUUCAGCUACUGAGAUGUACGACCAGCGAACCAAGACGCUAGCUCAACGAGCCGAGGAAGAUAGGAAGGAGUCGGAGAGGGAUGAGAAGAUGAGGGCGAGAUACGGACAAGAACAAGCUAGCGCUGGUUUUUUCAAGCAGCAAAGUGGGAUGAACCUUUCGGAGACUCUAUCGCGAAGAGCUGGGAAGGGGUUGUUGAAGGAUAUCUAG